CAUUAUCGGGCAUCUCGGAGACUACAUGCAAGCGCUUCAAACAUGGCUGGCAUCUGCUGGACUACCCAGCUCAUGGAAAACUUGUUAUAGAUUGUCUCGUACAGGAUGGAUCACUUCGAACGUUCUUCACAAAAACUGCGCAAAUCGAGGGCCCACUAUAACUAUUAUUCGACACUCAGAUAACGUCUUCGGUGGAGUGUUUGACCAAUCUUGGUCGGAAUAUGGCAAGUGCAGUGAAACCUCUAUCCCCAGCAACAAGGCCUUUCUCUUCAGCCUCAAGAGCAACGCAGGAUCAAAUACACGACUUGCCAUCAAAUCAAGUGCUUCGCAUGUGGCGCUAAGUUGCGUGUCCUAUCAGCAAUCCUUUCCCAACUUUGGAAAGGACCUGGUGGUGAAUCUUGAGUCAAAGAAUGUGAAGGGCACUUUUGGUCAAACGUAUGGGUCCACUGCUGGUAGCUUUCUUAAUGGUCAGGAGACGUUUGAACCAAGUGACAUUGAAAUUCUCAUCCCACAAGCUACAUUCUGCUCUUCCACAUGUCCCGAAGCUUCAUCGUGUGAUGAGAUUCAAGGGAAAUGCGCUUGCGACAAAUCUUCAAGAUUUUUGGAGUCUUGUAGCUCAGGCAUAUUCCUCGACAACUUCACAAGCGAUGCGUACGACUUUUUUCCCAUGGAGGAUCCCCUCAACAUAAAGAACCUUAAACGACCUACUUGGGGUGAGGUUAAUAAUACUACCAAAUUAACUAAAGGACUUGGAAAACCCGCUAUUUCAACCUCAGAAGCUGACUAUAUGACAAUCGGCAGCACACACGCGUGCCUAACGAAUCCCACAAGCUGCAAUUCUGGCGUUACUGUGUCAAUCUGGUUAAAAUACUCUAAUUCUACAUCAUCAAAACCAGUCUAUCUUUUCUGUAGCGACUCAUGCAAAGGCAGCAGCACUGGGAUCAGCAUCGYGUUGACUGAUCCUGCCAAUGAGAAACUAAAUAUAACGGUAACCACUCAAAAUAAACAGUGUAGUCAUCCGAUCCUCUUUGGUCCAAAUGUAUGGACGCACAUUGUUUUUACUUGGACUACAGACUUGGCUAUGUACAUCAAUGGCCAGCAAGUCUCCCACUUGUCCUCUACUUGCAUCUCCGACGGUUCGUAUUCAGCCAAUACCGCUGGAGGUGUUGUGAUUGGCAGAGGAGCAGCAGUCGAUGUGGAUGAUUUCAUUGUUUGGCCAAAGCAGUUGGAUCUGAAGCUAGUCGAAAGCCUUUACGAUUUCUAUAAAGGGAGAAAGAACAUGACACUGGAUUACAAAUUCAAAACAUCAUCGAUAUUGCAAAGUGCUGAUAAAGAACUUAAUGCCUACAAAAGAAUGUGCCACCAAGUCCAAGCAGGGGUAAAAGGCCUUUUAAGUGCGGAAUUAGCAUCCAAAGUUAUCAUCGAAAACUGUCUGUUGAGUCCUCUUACGGACAACAGUGGUACCGAGGCUUCAGUGUCUAUCGUGUACUAUGGCAUGUCCGGAUACAGCGUAGCAAAACCUUUAAUGGAACGACUGAAGAUUGCAAAAACUAUAUCUGCACUUCCUGUAACRGAUGUUCUUAUUUUGAACUUGCAAACCGUUUAUUCUACACCUUGUCAGCUUUCCGUUUCUAGUGGUGUAACAACCGCAUCGCUGAGCUGGAGUUGCCCUCAAGMGGAACCGGACGGUGGUAUCCUGUCGGAGUAUGAACUCAAUGUUACAAACACUGAAACUGGAACCACAGAAUCCAUCRAGCUAAAUUCGGGAAAUUUGUUCUAUACGGUAAAAGAUCUCCUUCCUGAAACCAGGUAUAACUUAACGGUUACUGCAGUAACGUUGGAAGGCGCUGGGGCAGCAAGUGAGCCUGUGACUUGUACAACUAAGAGCAGAGCUUUGGUUGCACCAUAUAACGUGACAAGCCUGAACCAAACCGGUUCGACAAUCUAUAUUUACUGGAACUUUAGCACAGCCGAGUUGUCAAACAUUGAGGGAUUUCGAAUCAAGUACAAAACGAUGGAUGCCGUGUUUAUCGGUUACAUAAAUAUUCCGUCCAACCUCAGUCAGGCCGAUCUCAGGGGUUUGAACAGCUCAACAGUAUAUCAAAUAGCUGUUCAAUCUUACAAAACUAAUAGUAAUGGACCAUUCAGUGCGAUUCUUAAUGCAUCAACCACGGACGGCAUACCCGAUGCUGCUCCAGAAAGUGUGCAAGGCUCUACGAUUAAUGCCACUUCCGUUACCGUCAAGUGGUCCCCUUUCAACCCUGACUAUGCAGAUGGCGUCAUCAUUGGAUACCACAUUGAAAGUUACAUCGCAAACGGGGAGAACGCUGGAGGGAAUUUUUCUUCAAGGAUGAUCUGUAACACUUCGACGACUCUUCAUAAUCUCUAUCCCUUUACCGAUUAUUAUGUGAAUGUGUCUGCCUUCACGUUUCAUGGAAUUGGUCCUGCAAUACAAGUCUUUAUACCAAACCAGCCCACAGUUCCAAAAAUACCUCCUACUUCUGUAAGCACAAGCGAAAUCCAAAGGACAGCCAUUAACAUCGCUUGGGGUCCUGUACCCGAGGGAUCUUCGCUUGUCCCAAUCACAGGGUAUAUGGUAUGGUACAGAGAGCACCUCCCCAGUCCAUCAAGUUCUUUAAACAUCACUAUACAAAUCAAUAAUUCGAUGAGUUGUCUGAUAGAAGGACUAAAGGACUAUACAAAGUAUGAAAUUAGAGUAGCUGCAAUUAAUAGAGCAGGUGUUGGUGUCUAUAGUCCACAAAUGGUUGAACGCACGGCCGAGGGACAUCCRAGGAGUGUUGUUUCCAAUGCAACGACUAGUCACAUGACAAGGAACAGCUCUAUAAUUCAGUGGAAUCCUUUGCCGCCAUCAGACUUGUCAGGUGUUUUGGCCGGUUAUACCAUCAAUAUAUAUGAUGUCCUGAGAAAAGUGAAUGUUACUCGGAUGGUAUGCGGUAACACAACUAGUACACAGCUGAGUGAUCUGUUCCCUUAUACUGAAUAUUUAGUCUAUAUAAGUGGUUUUACCAAAGGGGGCGAAGGAAAUACUACUCUGGUUACUAGUUUUUUCACUCUAGAAGCAGCUCCUAAUGCUCCGCCUCAAAACGUCACAUCACGCAACACAAGCUCCGUAUCAAUAGAGCUCACGUGGUCACCUCCUCCAAUCACAAACAUCAACGGCAAACUGAGAGGUUAUUGCAUCACGUGGUUCAAGACCUUUGGAGAUGGUCAAGAAAUUUUUAACAAGACGAUUGACAUCCAGCCUUCGGCUCGCAGAAGGAAAAGAAGURUUAGUGAUCGAACUCUACAGACUUUAACCCUGAGCGGCUUAGAGAAGUUCACCAUGUACACUAUACGAAUACUUGGAUUUACUAUUGCCARUGGAGUGUUCUUUGAGACAAAUACCACCACGGCUGAGGACGUGCCUAACGUACCACCUCCAAAUAUUACCGCUUCGAAUUCCAGUUCAACAAGCAUKUUCGUUUCCUGGCAACCAAUCCCCGUGGAAUCCAGGCACGGAGUAUUUUUAGGAUAUCACGUGCUUUACCAAGAGGGCAAUCAGAUGAGCUCGACUCCUUUGGCCAUCACUGUCAAUCAUUCAGUGUUARAUGUUGAGCUUAAUAAUCUUAAGAAGUUCACUGGUUAUGUUGUCUUCGUUGCUGGUUUUACGACACCCGGUACAGGAAACUUGUCCAGUCCGGUUAAUGUCACUACUGAUGAGGACGUCCCAGACGAAGCACCUGUGUCUCUAGCAGGAACCGCUCUGAGCAUUACCAAACUCUCGUUCACAUGGCAACCAGUUGCUUCUGACAAGCAUAAUGGUAUAAUCCUAGGGUAUACUUUAGCACUAAAUCUGAUGAAUACCAGCCUAGCCAAGACAGUUGUUAUCAACAAUGCUAGUAUCUUGACCACUGAGGUGGCAGGGUUGUUAUCAUGGACAAACUAUACGGCAAAGAUCAAUGCCUUURCGAUCAAAGGACCAGGGCCUUGGAGUCCGGGGGUACUUGUCACUACACUUGAAGAACUCCCAUUACCACCUACUACCGUGACGGCACAAAUGCUGAGCUCUACAACCAUCAACGUGACAUGGUCACCAAGUAACACAACGUUUUUACGCGGCAUUCUACGUGGAUAUCGCUUGACAUUCACACCCAGAGGGCCUGUCUUCCCGAAUAUCCCUUACAACGUGACUACAAGUGUGAAUACCCUGAGUACUGUACUAACAGRCCUGCAAGAGUUCACCGAGUAUGACAUAACUGUAGCAGGUUUUACCAUUGGCGAUGGAAACCAAAGUCAAUCUGUAAUCGCUAAAACCGAUUCGGCUCCUCCUUCUGCUGGUCCCAAUCCUCUUGGCUUGUUGGACGUUACUCCCAACAGCAUCACCUUGCAGCUUGGCUCAGUCCCACCUGAAGAUAGCAAUGGAGUCAUCACAGGUUACAAGGUUCUGACUACUGCAGUCGGUUCUUCAGACCCACCCAGAGAGAACCUCUACGGUCCAACAGCAACUAUCGCUGUGGUAAAUGGUCUGAUGCCAUAUACUCAGUACUUGUUUCAAGUGUUUGCUUCUACUGACAAGGGAUGGGGUGURCCGUCCAACACUACAUUACGAUCGGGAGAAACUGCUCCAGGUGGUCAACCUAGCUACGAUGAUGAGAAUAAACGUUUCUCCACGGAUUCCAUUCCUUUACAAUGGGAACCUUUAACGAUAGCUCAAGCCAAUGGAGAAGUACUUGGUUAUCGUGUAUCAUACCAGCUAGUAUCUCUGGGUGAGGAGCCGGUUGAGGACGCGCCAAUCAACGAAUUUGACGUCACUGGCACGUCUACUGUGAUAAAAAACCUUGAGCUGUACGGCGGUUAUAAAAUAACGAUUGCCGCCUUCACUGCCAAGGGUUUUGGUCCACCAAUUAUUUUAUACGGAGAAACUUGUAGGUGCAGAAAAACACUGUAUGCCAACUGGCGCGUCUACAGCCCGUACGUGGAGAUCUCUCCAGAGACAGGUGAACUGGAAGGCAUCUUUCCUGAGAUGGUCAAACGAAUGACAGAAGAGUGUUGCCAAAAAUGUGUGGCUCAUAAUGAAUCGGUAGUCGAUUUUACGACCAGUUUAGACGGUUCGCCUGCCCACAAGCCAAAUGAAGAUGACUUGAAGACUAAUAUAUCAGAAGAUGUUGACUUUAGCUUCCCGCUGUUCGGGACUAAGGAUCAGAAGACGUAUACUGGGGGAUUCGGCUACCGGGCUUUGAUAGAAACACCCGGGAUAGUGUACGUGGUGAAUAUAGAUACGGAAGACGAGGGCCCACAUAUGACAAUCAUCAGAUCUUUGUUAGGAUGUUUGCCAUAUAUAUCGUUGACGGUGCUGUUGGCUUUCUUGGCWGGYUUCGUCUUGUGGAUUUUGGACCGCAAAAUCAAUUCCGAGUUGUUCCCACUGACUUUCAUCAAGGGAACCUAUGAAGGAUUGUGGUGGGCGUUUAUCACCAUGACUACACUAGGGUAUGGUGAUCGAUUUCCCAAGUCGUUCUGGGGCAAAGCCUUUGCGAUCAACUGGAUGCUAUCAGGGAUCAUAAUCUAUGGCAUUUUAUCGAGCCUGCUUCAGACAGCUGUUACCACAAUAGCCAUAUCUUUUGAUACUAAGUUCAAUGGCAAACAGGUCGUUGCCAUUCACAACUCACCUGAAUUUCGUUUUGGACAACGUCUCAACAUUCCGAUGAAUAAAGAAAUUCAGCCACGAUCUUUCCAAGAAGUGUACAACGCAUUAAUAGAGAAGAAGGCGUACGGUGCUUUUUUAGAURCGUACGCCAUCGGCCAACAAAAGCACCUGUUUGAACAUCCCACUCUAAAGUUUGUUAAAAUCUACGACUUCCGAUCUGCGUAUGGGAUUGUGCUGGGUGGUACGUCCUGGAGACUCAGGACAUGCUUUUACCGGUACCUGCGGUCUAAAAGAGUGGAGGUUUUUGAACGCAUCACAAAAUACACCAAGUUUGUUGAGGCGCCACCCGAGGAUCUUCCAAGGACAGUCGAGUACAGUUCUGGUCUGUUCACAGCAAACACCAAUUCGUUCAACUAUACCUUGUUCACGUUGCUGGGAUUUUGGUUMUUCUUGAUGAUGCUGGGUUGCGUGUACGAGUUUAUCMGGCGAAAGAUGACUAAAGUCAAGGAUGAAAAACUCGAGACACUAGACGAACUGAAGAGGGACAUCCAAGAGUUUGUCGACAACAUGAAGAAAAUUGAGCAACAACUGCGAGAAAGACACAAGCAGCAGCUGAUACGCUGGUUCAAAAAAUACGAAAAGAUAAACGAAAAAGGCACUAUCAAAACUCUGAAAAAUUUGUUUACAUAAAUCACGAUAAAGUGAAUUUAGCAAGCUGUUUAGGCCCUGUUUACACCGACACGGUUUCAAUUAAAACCUUGUUAUUUUUUA